AAAAAAGGACAAGUUUGUCUACACACUCGGCGGGUACGUCGGCGACGUCGGCCUGCCUCCGGUGCCCCGCGAACCCACCAGGACGGACCAGGACGGGGAGGGGAAGGAGGCGACGAAGACGAAGACGCAGCGAAGAAGAGGCGAAGACGAAGAAGGAGGAGGAGAAGCAGAAGAACAACAGCAAGCACAAGAAGAGCGAGCGAGCAGCAGGAGGAUGGUCCUAAGCGAGAAUUGGUGGUGAUACAGAGGCUAUAAGUAUCGGUGCGGACUCGCGGAGGGCGACUGUUUGAGCCCUGUCGGCCUGGCCGACACAACGUUCCCCCGCGAAGCCAAGCCCGAGUCCCCCGUGAGAUGCCCAGUGCCCAGUGACAGACUGUGUGUGUGCCCGCCCUGCCCGUGGCCCUGCCCUUGGCCCUGCCCGUCCAGUGCCAAAGUGAAUCAGUGUUGGCCAGGACUUUGUCGGGUCCUUCCUCUCGCAGCUCAUCGGACCGCCAAAGCAAGGGCUGAUCAGGGGCCAUGGGGGGCUCCACGAGGGGCUCCAUGGGGGGCUGGUGCCUGGUCGUCGCGGUGCUCGCCGCGCAGGCCUGGCAGGCGGCCGCCCACUACGACAGCAGCGACUACGAGGACUACCAGGACGGCAGCUACCUGGCGCGGCCGCGGCGCCGGGCCUUCCAGUGCCAGGCCGAGGGAUACUUCCCCGACCCCAGCGACUGCCGGACGUUCUACCGCUGCGUGGACUUCGGCUCCAGCUCGGGGCUGACGGCCUUCCCCUUCGAGUGCGGCCCCGGCACCGUGUUCGACACCGCCAACAACGUGUGCAACCACCCGUCGGCCAGCGGCCGGCCCGAGUGCGGCGGCACCGAGUCCGAGACCAACAACGAGGUGCCGUCGGGGUCCUACGAGCCGCAGCAGCCGCAGCAGCCGCAGCAGCCGCAGCAGCCGCAGCAGCCCACCCCCAGCGAGAUCGGCGACGGCAAGUGCGACGGAGACGGCUUCUUCGGCGUGCAGGGCGACUGCAGCAAGUUCUACCGGUGCGCGGGCGGCAUCAAGUACGACUUCUCCUGCGGGGAGGGCACCGUCUGGGACCCCGAGAUCACGGCCUGCAACCACCCCUGGGCCGUCAAGCGCGGCGACUGCGCGGCCGGAGGACAACCCGGUGGACAGCCCGGCGGACAACCCGGUGGACAGCCCAGCGGCCCUGACGCCGGGUACAAUCCACCCUCAGGACGACCCCCACGACCCACCGGCCCCAUCUACGGCGGACAGGGCCCCACGGGACCCAUUGACAACUCGCAAGGACCAACCGGACCCAUUUACGGAGGCCAAGGGCCAACAGGACCUAUCUAUGGCGGCCAAGGCCCCACAGGGCCUAUUUAUGGUGGGCAGGGCCCUACUGGCCCCAUCUACGGAGGACAGGGACCGACUGGGCCGAUUGGAGGCGGUCAAGGACCAAACGGACCUAACGGACCUAACGGACCUAACGGACCUAAUGGACCCAACGGACCAAACGGGCCAAACGGGCCAAACGGACCAAACGGACCAAACGGACCUAAUGGGCCAACCGGACCCAUUUCUGGGGGACAGGGACCUACUGGACCAGUCUCGGGUGGGCAGGGGCCAACUGGUCCAGUCUCGGGAGGACAAGGUCCGAUUGGACCAGUUGAUAACUCGCAAGGUCCUACUGGGCCGAUUGACAACUCACAGGGACCCACGGGACCCAUUGACAACUCGCAGGGACCCACAGGACCGAUUGACAACUCGCAAGGACCCACAGGGCCGAUUGCAGGAGGGCAAGGACCGAAUGGACCCAACGGUCCGAAUGGACCUAACGGGCCAAACGGACCUAACGGACCGAAUGGCCCUAACGGGCCAAACGGACCUAACGGACCGAAUGGCCCUAACGGGCCAAACGGACCUAACGGACCAAACGGACCUAACGCACCGAAUGGGUCAAACGGACCUAACGGGCCAACAUCUGGUGGUCAAGGGCCGACGGGACCAAUUUCAGGAGGGCAAGGACCAACAGGGCCAAUUUCUGGAGGGCAAGGACCAACAGGCCCUAUCUCUGGCGGACAGGGACCAACUGGUCCAAUUUCUGGUGGGCAAGGGCCGACCGGGCCAAUCUCUGGGGGACAGGGACCGACAGGCCCCAUUUCUGGUGGGCAAGGACCGACAGGGCCAAUUUCUGGAGGACAGGGACCUACAGGUCCAAUUUCUGGUGGGCAGGGACCAACUGGGCCAAUUUCUGGAGGACAGGGACCGACAGGGCCAAUUUCUGGGGGACAGGGGCCUAACGGACCAAACGGCCCUAACGGACCAAACGGACCUAACGGACCAAAUGGACCUAACGGACCAAACGGACCCAACGGGCCUAACGGGCCUAACGGACCAACCAGCCCCGGCGGAAGCGGUAGCCCAAGUGAACCUGGUGCUUCCCCGGGCAGCCAGCCCGGAGGCCCCGGCUCUAACCCCGGCGGCAACGGCGGCAACGGUGGACAACCAGGGCAGGGUGGUCAGGGAGGUUAUCCUGGUGGUCAACCCGGACAGGGAGGACAGCCUGGAGGCCAGCCCGGACAAGGAGGACAACCAGGACAAGGUUAUCCAGGUGGACUGCCUGGACAGGGUGGUCAACCCGGACAAGGAGGACAGCCUGGACAGGGUGGACAACCCGGACAAGGAGGACAGCCCGGACAAGGAGGGUACCCCGGUGGUCAGCCAGGUCAGGGAGGUCAGCCCGGACAAGGAGGACAGCCUGGUGGACAGCCCGGACAAGGAGGACAACCUGGUGGACAGCCCGGACAAGGCGGACAGCCAGGACAGGGAGGGUACCCUGGUGGACAGCCAGGUCAGGGAGGUCAGCCCGGACAAGGAGGACAGCCUGGUGGACAGCCCGGACAAGGAGGACAACCUGGUGGACAGCCCGGACAAGGUGGACAGCCAGGACAGGGAGGGUACCCUGGUGGACAGCCAGGUCAGGGAGGUCAGCCCGGCCAAGGAGGACAGCCUGGUGGCCAACCCGGACAAGGCGGUCAGCCGGGACAAGGUGGAUCUGGAAAUCAGCCCGGACAAGGUGGACAGGAUGGCUGCAGUGGUGAGGGCUUCCAGCCCGCCCCCGGUGACUGCACCAAGUUCCUGCGGUGCGUGGACAACGGCCAGGGCGGCCUCACCAAGUACGAGUUCUCGUGCGGGCCCGGCACAGUGUGGGACCAGGCGCUGCUCACGUGCAACUACCCGUCCGCCGUGCAGGGCGAGUGCCACAACGCGCAGCCCGCGCAGGGCGGCGACGACGGCGACGACGGAUCGUACAAGCCGGACGGCGACGACGGCUCCUACAAGCCCGACAACGGCGAUGGCGGCGACGACGGCUCGUACAAGCCCGACAACGAGGAGAACCUGGUAUACCCCGAGGACGGCGGACAGCCCGGACAGCCUGGACAGCCUGGACAGCCUGGCGGCGGAGACCAGGGUGGACAGCCACCAGCGCCGGGUGACGGCACCUGCAGCCAAGAGGGCUUCGCGCCAGACCCAAGCGACUGCAAGAAGUUCAUCCGCUGCGUCAACAACGGCAACGGCCUCACGCGGUACAACUUCGACUGCGCCGCCGGCACGGUGUGGGACCAAGACGUGCUCACCUGCAACCACCCGUGGGCUGUGAAGCCCCCGUGCGGCACCGGGUCUCCUCAGAGCCCGGCCGGACAAGGACCCGACGGACCCAACGGCCCUAACGGACCCAAUGGAGGCGGACAGGGACCAAACGGACCUAACGGCGGAGGCGAGGGACCGAGCGGGCCUUACCCACCGGCUGGACCUCCUAGCGGACCUAGCGGGCCCAAUGGACCGAAUGGACCGAACGGGCCAAGCGGUCCUAGCGGACCUCAGGGUCCCAACGGACCAAAUGGCGGUGGACAGGGACCUAAUGGACCCAACGGGCCUAACGGGCCAAGUGGGCCUCAGGGGCCAAGUGGGCCUCAGGGGCCAGACGGGCCGAAAGGACCUAAUGGACCCAACGGACCAAACGGACCAGACGGCCCGAGCGGGCCUUACCCGCCCGCUGGUCCUCCCGACGGCUCCAACAAACCCGGCGGGCCUGAGAGCGGCGGCCAGAACGGAACCACCCCCUGUGAUAAGCCCAACAAACCCAAGCCCAAGCCGCAGAUCAAGUGCGAGAAGGCCGGCUUCUACCCGCACCCGUCCGACUGCAAGAAGUUCUACCGCUGCGUGGACUGGGACGGUGACAAGGGCCAGCGCUUCUCUGUCUUCUUCUUCGACUGCCCCGCCGGCACCAUCUGGGACCCCGCCCUGGACACGUGCAACCACGCCGACUCCGUGUACCCGCCCCGCGACUGCGACGGCGAGAGCCCUCCCGACUCCAGCUCGCCGCCUAGCGAGCCCUCGUCGGAGCCCACCACGCCGAGCUCGUCCGAGCCCACCACCGCGCCUUACAACGAGACGUCUACGACCCCGGCUGGCUCAUCCGAGCCCACGACCCCGGCUGGAUCUGAGCCCACCACCCAACCUGGCUCCUCGGAGCCCACCACCCCUGGGUCCACUGAGCCCACCACCGGCGGUUCGACCGACGCCGCCACGACGGCUCCACCAGAGUCGUCGACGGCCCCUGAAUCCACCACCCCGGCCGGCAGCACGACGCCCGAGUCCUCGACCACGCCGUCGAACGAGACGUCCACCGAGGGCACGACGCCAGCCGAUGGCAGCACCGAGUCCAGCAGCCCCGCCGCGACGACGCCAGACUCCACGACGCCCAGCGCCACCACGCCGGCCACCAACGAGACGUCCACCGAGCCCAGCAGCACCGAGUCGCCGAGCUCCACGGACGCCUCCAGCACCGAGGCCGGGGCCACCACCGCGCCGACCUCGCCGUCAGACUCCAGCACGCCAGCCUCCACGGACGAGCCCACCACGCCGUCGUCCACCGAGCAGCCCAGCACGGAGCCGUCGUCCACCCCCAAGCCGCCAAGCAACAACACCGAGUGCCCCGACCUGGAGGACAACCAGAUGCCGCUCGUGUGCCCCACGGGCUUCAAGCGCCACCCCAAGUUCUGCGACCAGUUCUACCAGUGCACGGGCGGCAACGGCGGCAACGACAUGAAGGUCCUGGUGCUGUCGUGCCCCAACGCCACGCUCUUCGACGAGGAGAAGAUCCAGUGUCUGCCCCAGGGCGAAACGACGCCCUGCAAGGGCUCCAUCGCCGGCGACCGGGUGCGGCGGUUCGUCGACGACGCCCCUCCUCCAGUUCAGAUUGCGACCAAAGGACAUCUGUGCCCCGAGGAGGGCCUGUUCCCCUACGACCAGGACUGCCUCCGGUUCUUCAAGUGCAAGAGGACGGCCAGAGGCCACCUCCAAGGCUACCUGUACCAGUGCCCCAAGGGCUUCGCGUACUGGGAGGUGUCCAAGCGGUGCGAGCGCAUCGGCCGCAUCCCACAGUGCCGGCGGGGCAUGGCCUACGACAACCGCUACACGGAGGCGGCGCUCGCCCCCACCGAGAUGUACAACGUCGGCGCGUAGGGGCCGCGGCGAGGACCGCGACGAGGACCGCGACGACCGGGGAACCCGAGGACCUCGGUGUUCCGGAGGGGGAAUAGGGAGGACGACGACGCGGUGCUGAGAGACGCAUGCUACGCCCGCGGCGGAGGCUUAGGGAUUUUACUUGGUUGCAGUUGUUGGCGAGCACGCCGUCGGCCGCGCCUCGCCCGCCCGGUGCCUGCCGGUGCCGCGGGGUGGGGGCGAGCGUGCCGCCGCAUUUGCCAUCCGCCGCGGGCCGUAGUGUCCAGUGUAGUGACGCGUGGGCGACCGCCGCUAGUUUGCUCAUAUUGAGCACGGUCGCGCCACUGGAGCAGCCGCCCCGUCGGCGGCGUUCCGUUUUGAUCUUACACAUUUUAAACUGAGUUAGCGUAAGACACGCAGUGAUUAGCUUAAACAUGUACUCGCACGACGUGUGCAUUACAGACCCAAGACUAGAAACUAGACUCACGAGCGACGUAACUUCGUAUCGGUAGUGCCACUUCUUCUCAAGUUUUAACUUAUUUUUUCUGUGUUUUUUUUACGACCGCUUUAAACUACAGGCUGAAGGAAACUGGCCGUAACAAGACAGCGAACUAGUAGACAUUAGAUUUUUUUACGUUCUGCAUACCAGCCAUUGACAAAUGUGAUCUGAGUUAUUUAAAGAAAAGAUAGGCUAGAUGUAUUUUACAAAUAUAAUAUGAAAAUUAGUUGAAUAGUAUCGGCCUCUCAUCUGCCACAAACACAAAGCCAGGGUAAUAUUUGCACUUUUAAGUCUGUGAUCUGCUUACAAUUUCCCUUUUAAUUAAUAACAACAAAAGUUGUUUUUCUGCACAAGCAGUUGAACCUUCUUUGCGGGGCAAUGCGUUGCGUACCGCCUUUUCUUUUUAUAUUUUUUUAAAUAAUCAUUUCUCUCUUUAUUUCCUUUUCCCCCCGAGUGCUUGUGCCGCCGCUUACUGAGAAAUGAAACACAAGAAAGACAUGGCCAAUGAGAGAGUCGCUCAGUGUGAAUGUGGCGGUUGUAUAUAAACCCUUUCGAGUGAAUGCGAAUUUUGUGUGAUGUGAGAGCGAGUGCAAGACUGUUUGUCCUUCUACAAUUAAAUAAAGUGCUAGAGAUUAAAACUGUGCAA